GCACCCCACAGACAAGGCCCCGUCCAGCCUGGACUCCUCCUUCAGGACACCCGCUGCCUGUCCCUCCCUUCCACACCUUGGGAUGGGCUGGGCUCCACCAUAUGCUGCAGAUUUUCAGCCUUUUGAGGUGAUCAUGGUGGGGGCUGCACAAGAAAAGCUGAAUUCCCAGAGAGAGCAAAAGCGUAUCCCUGGGCCCCCAUGUGUCUGGGGGUCCUUAGCUCUAGUACCAGCACCAACCACUGCUGCUAGUGCCCAGAGCUAUCCUCUCGGGCAAACUUGCCCCUUGUGAGCGAGGAGAACCUGGGCUUUGGGGCAGAGUACCUAACACUGGCCUUGCUUGGAUGGAGGAGCAGAGACGCUGAUCAGAUGGCUAGGGAGGAGGAGGUGGCCAGUCCACCUGGACUCCUGAAGCUGCUCCCAGGAAAUCACUUGAGUCCGUGUGUUUCCCUUUUGUUCCUAGGGUGGGGGCCUCGUGGCCUUCUCUUCCCGAAAGCCCCACCUGAUCAUGUCCUGGGUAGGUAUCCAGCCCCCAUAGCCUAAGGCCUACUAGCUGCUAGGUCUUGAACUCCAGGGACACCCUUCCUUGGGAGCUUAGCAUGGGCUAAUUACUCCCCCAUCUGUUAAGUGGGGUCCUGUGACCUGGCCAGGGAAGAUGGGAUAAAGUAGUCAUGUGUCAUCGCAGACCCUUCAAAGAGGAGCCUUGCCACCCAAAGGCAGCUCAGAGGUAGAGACUAAGGCCUCAGGAGAAGCACCCACUAGAAUCCUCUCUGCCCCUCCCUUCCAGAUUAACCAAAACCUGCUAAUUGUGGCAGCCCUCGGCAGGCUCCCCUCCCCCACGGCCUCUUCCUCCCUUCCCUCCCCUCCCCUUUCCAUCCGAAUGAUAAAGGGCCCAGCCAGCCAGCCCCCACCCGGCCUCAGGCCCUGGCCCUGCCUCCCACACUGCCCCACUGCCCUGCACCCUCCACCAGGCCAGGCCCCUGCCCACAGUCUACCGUCCUGCAUGGGGCCCUGCAGCGGCUCCCGCCUGCGGCCCCCAGAGGAAGAGUCGCCCUCCCAGCCCCCCAAGAGGAGGAAAAAGAGGUACCUGCGACAUGACAAGCCCCCCUACACCUACUUGGCCAUGAUUGCCUUGGUGAUUCAGGCCGCACCCUCCCGCAGGCUGAAGCUGGCCCAGAUCAUCCGUCAGGUCCAGGCGGUGUUCCCUUUCUUCAGGGAAGACUACGAAGGCUGGAAAGACUCCAUUCGCCACAACCUUUCCUCCAACCGAUGCUUCCGCAAGGUGCCCAAGGACCCUGCGAAGCCCCAGGCCAAGGGUAACUUCUGGGCGGUCGACGUGAGCCUGAUCCCAGCCGAGGCGCUACGGCUGCAGAACACAGCCCUGUGCAGGCGCUGGCAGAACGGGGGUGCGAGAGGAGCCUUCGCCAAGGACCUGGGCCCCUACGUGUUGCAUGGCCGGCCCUAUCGGCCUCCCAGUCCUCCGCCGCCACCCAGCGAGGGCUUCAGCAUCAAGUCCCUGCUAGGGGUCUCCCGGGAGGGGGCACCCUGGCCGGGGCUAACUCCACAGAGCAGCCCAGUUCCUACAGGCAUGGAGAACAGUGGGGAAGAGGCCGUGCCCACCCCAUCCCUGCCCACCUCUGAGAGGCCUUUGUGGCCCCUCUGCCCCCUUCCGGGCCCCAUGAGAGUGGAGGGGGAGGCUUCCCAGGGGGGAGCCAUCGGGCCCUCCACCCUCUCUCCAGAGCCUAGGGCCUGGCCUUUCCACUUACUACAGGGCACCUCAGUUCCUGGGGGGCUGUCCAGUGGGGGACACAGGGCCUCCCUAUGGGGGCAGCUGCCUACCUCAUAUUUGCCUAUCUACACUCCCAAUGUGGUAAUGCCCUUGGCACCACCGCCCACCUCCUGUCCCCAGUGUCCGUCAACCAGCCCUGCCUACUGGGGUGUGACCCCUGAAACCCGAGGGCCCCCAGGGCUGCUCUGGGAUCUAGACACUCUCUUCCAGGGGGUGCCACCCAACAAAAGCAUCUAUGAUGUUUGGAUCAGCCAUCCUCGAGACCUGGCAGCCCCAGCCCCAGGCUGGCUGCUCUCUUGGUGCAGCCUGUGAGGCUCCUGAGGCAGGGGCUACUCCUCCCUCCUGCUCCCAUCCCCGGCUUGUUGACAGGGAGCCAAGGCCAGUGGGGUGUCUGCGACCACGGCAGCCCCAAAACACCAGGCAGCAGCCUUGUUGGGAGUCCACGGUGUUUAUUGGACUACCUGAUGCGUGGCCGUGGCCCACCUGGGCACAGCCCUCGCCCUGGUCAGUCAUGCCUCUUUCCUUACACCCAGAGGCAAAGCUGGAGGGGCAGGGCUGAGCCUGGAAUAGCCCUUCCUAGUUUCCUCUUCUCAGCCCACCACCCAUCCAUCCGUCUCCAGCCAUCACCUCCCCUCCCUCCCUUGCUCCAGGCUGGGGGAGGGAGAGCCUAAUGGUGGAUCCAGCCUGAAGUCCUGCCCUCUCUCAUCUGUCUGGGAAGGAGGUAGCACCUUUUUCAGGAAAGGGGUUAGGGAGUAAAAAGACUGGACCCUACGUGAUCCUGGUGGUGGGGAAGAUAACAGUAAAGGAAUUUGCAACGUUUUAA